AUGGCGCUUCGUGGUGAUCCCGAGCUCGACGAGAGCGCGACUCGUCUGCUGACGCCUGAAGAAGCCGCCGCCGCCGCCGCCACCACCACAGCAGCAGUAGCAGAAGAUGGAUCUGCAACUACGACGCCGUUUCGACCACGUAUACGUGCGGCGCGGUGGCAGGUCCGCUCGCCGCGCCACAUCAUCCUGCUCGUCUCCUUUGCCAAGUUUUGCAUCGUCUGUAGCGGCCUAAUGCUGAUGGUGCCCAUGUUUCGACUCAUCGAGGAUGCCAUCUGCCACGGCGUCCUCGACGAUGCGUCGCCAGGGCUGCUCGAUGAGAUGACGUGCAAGGACGACGACGUGCAAGCGCGCCUGGCCACGUUUAUGGGCUGGUCUGGCCUCGUGAAUUCCAUAGUUACCCUCAUCACCGCGUUCCCAUUCGGCGCCAUGUCGGAUCGCUUUGGGCGCAAGCCUACCGCCCUGCUCGCCUACCUCGGCCUUUCUGCCUCCUUCUUCGUCACGCCCGUGAUGCUCGGCCCGCCGCUGCGGCAGAGCGUCCGCGCCAACCCGUAUUUGCUCCUCUGGGGCAGCCUGUUCCAGGUCGCCGGCGGCGGCAUCCCGGUGCUGCUACAGACGCUGUACGCCAUUGCCGCCGACGUGAGCUCCGAAGAGGAAAAAUCAACCAAUUUUCUCUACGUCAGUCUCGGCUCCGCAACGGGGGGGCUCCUCGGCCCGCUCCUCGCCGGCGUGCUCAUGACAAAGUUUGGCCCGUGGGUGCCCAUCUGGAUCGUCAUUGGCAUCUCCCCCAGCCUCAUCCUGCUCCUUCUCAUUGUCCCCGAAACUCUUGCCGUCAAGACCAAAUCAUCCCCCUCUUCCUCUUCCUCCUCCUCCUUGCACACGCACCUCGCGCGCGGCCUCGCCGACCUCCGCGCCUCGCUCUCCAUGCUGCGCAACCCCAACGUCCCCCUCAUCCUCGUCACCUUUCUCUUCCAAAACGCGCGCAUGACCGCCUACGCCUCCACCCUCGUCCAGUACGUCUCCAAAAACUACGGCUGGACCCUCGGCCAGACCUCGAUCCUCCUCUCUCCGCUCGGCGUCCUCGCCCUCGUCGUCCUCGGUACCCUGCCGCACCUCGCUGCCCGCCUCACCGCCGGCAGCUACUACACCGUCUUCGCCAAGGACCUGCUCCUGACGCGCGGCUCGACUGCCUGCCUUGUCCUCGGCGCCGCCAUUCAGGCCUUUAGCCCCAACAUUGCGGUUUUCGUUUUUGGUCUCGUUGUCGGCACCCUCGGUGCGGCUGACACCCCGCUCGCCAGGGCGACCGUCUCGCACUACGUUCAUGCCAGCUUCACCUCCCGCCUGUACGCCCUCAUCGGCGCCGCCGAGGUGCUGGGAUCCUUUGUGGGCGCGCCGGUGCUGGCGUGGCUGUUUAAUGUCGGGCUCGAGAAGAAGGGGCUGUACACGGGGCUGCCGUACUUUUACAUUGCGAUCCUGUCAUCCAUCUCGCUGUUGGCGCUCAUGUUUGUAAGGCCGCCGCCGCGAAAGGCAGCAGAGGGCGACGUGACACCUGAAAGCGAGGGGUCGCCUGGCGAGGGCGCCAUACGACUUUAA